UGCAGUGGGUGCUGUUUAUUGGAUAGCCCACUGAGUGAACUUGAGUGGAGUGAGUGAGAAAGAGAGAGGGAGAGCGAGAGGGAGAGGGAGGGAGCUGUGGGGUCCCUUGAAGACCGGUAGAGUGCACUCUGCUCCACACGCGUCGGGGUUACUUCUCCCAGGCAGCGGACUGGUUUCUCCUGCACCUCCACAAUAUCGCAAAUGAACAGUCUCAAGGACGCCAGCAGACCUCUCGUACCUGCGCUCCUCCGGCGUGCGUGAAAUAAAGUCUGCUCUUGUUGCCUCGUCUAAUUGCUUCCGCUGCGUUAUCCCCGGCCAGUUAUUGCUUUUGGACUACGGAGAAUAGCCUGUAAGCAAAGCAGUGACGGCGCACAACUCUCCAAACCAUGGAAUUAUGGAUAAAGUUGAUGUUUGUAUACAGCUGCUGCUUUGGAGCGAUCAGUGCUGACUUUGACGGCAGGUGGCCAAGACAGAUGGCCUCGUCCAACGGCCUGUGCCGAUACGGGGCCAGGGUGGACUGCUGCUGGGGCUGGACGCGUCGCUCCUGGGGUCACUGCCAGCCUCUCUACGCCUUAACACACAGGCUAGUCGGGAUAAGGUGCCAGCCCCAAGCUGUGUGCCAGCCCGGCUGUAAGCACGGGGACUGCGUAGGACCUAAUAAGUGCAAGUGCCACCCUGGCUUCACCGGGAAGACCUGCAAUCAAGACCUGAAUGAGUGUGGGCUGAAGCCGAGGCCCUGUAAACACAGGUGCAUGAACACAUAUGGAAGUUACAAGUGCUACUGCCUGAAUGGCUACAUGCUGAUGCCUGACGGGACCUGUGGAAAUGCCCGCACUUGCGGCAUGGCCAACUGCCAGUACGGCUGCGAGGUGCUGAAAGGAGAGGUGCGAUGUCAGUGUCCAUCACCAGGACUGCAACUGGCACCAGAUGGAAGAACCUGUGUGGAUGUGGAUGAGUGCGCCACCGGAAUAGCAGUGUGUCCCAGGUUCAGAAAAUGCAUCAAUACCUUUGGUAGCUACAUCUGCAAGUGCCAUGAAGGGUUUGACCUGCAAUACAUCAACGGCAAAUACCAGUGCAUAGAUGUGGAUGAGUGUUCAUCAGGCCAGAGCCACUGCAGCAGCUUUGCCACCUGCUACAACACACCAGGCUCAUACAAGUGCAAAUGCAAAGACGGCUACAGGGGGAUGGGCCACGACUGCAAACCCAUUCCUAAGGUGGCCAUUGACCCCGCGAGACCAGGGCAGGUUCCUCCAAAUCAUCACAACCGCAUCCCAGACUUGGACCAUCGGAGGACCACUACCAUCCGCCCACCACUGACUUCUAAGAGAAUCUCCCCCAUUAUACCCAAAACAGCUGCAGCUACUACCACGACUAUGACAGCAACAACCUCCACCAGAGCACCUCUCCCCCCAAAGAGGGUCACACCGUCUCCAGGCAGGCCAGCACUUCCCACCAGGAAACCCUUUGUCCCCACCAGGAAGCCGCCGGUACCCACACGCAAGCCAUACGUCCCGCCAAGGCCAGUGGUUCCCACCAGACAACCACCGCAGCCAGAGGUCACCCCUGUGGACAACACCAUCCAGAAGGAGGUCACCAAACAGAGAGGCGACGUCCACAUUCCCCGAAACCACGGCCACAACACCGUCCUGGGGAUCGACUUUGACAUUGAGCUGGGCAACACGGCCGACGAAGUGAGAGACGACCCAGAUGCCGGGUAUCUGAGCUGCUCCUUUGAUAACGGUCUCUGUGGUUGGAUCAGAGACAGAGAUGGUGACCUGCACUGGGAGACGACGGCUGAUCCAUCUGGUGGGCGGUACCUCACUAUUCCUGAGGUGGGCAACAAGAGGAGUGGCCGAGGGGCACGGCUGGUCCUGCCACUGACCCCACCCUGGAACGACGGCAAUCUGUGCCUGUCGUUCCGCCACAAGCUGGCAGGGCACCAUGUGGGCAUGCUGCAGGUGUUUGUAAAGAAGGGGAAGCAGUACAGUCCAGCAGUCUGGGGAAGGACAGGAGGCAAUGGCUGGAGGCACACCCAGAUCACAUUAUGGGGCACAGGCCUGGAGAGUGUGAUCCUGAAGGGGGAGCGCGGGCGAGGCAGGAGCGGAGAGAUGGCUGUGGACGACAUCACCCUGAGGAAAGGCUCCUGCACAGAGGAGCACAAUCUGAGGAGACUUUGAUUGGCAGAACAGAGAAGGGCAGAAAGACAACAAGAGGGAAGAUCAUCUCAAAGAGACCAGACUCUGUUCUGACACCUCCCUCGCUCUGCCUGGGUUCUCGCUGAUAUCCCCCCAGCCAUCCUGUGAACAAGAUCCAAAAAAAAAAUAAAAAUAACGAAAUGUAAAAAAAGAAAAAAAAAAGUGUGCGGGGCACAGCAAGUUUCUCUCUUGACUUGUCUAUGAAUGAUAAGACUGAACCAAAUCUCAUGGACAGUAUCCCAGCAGCAGCCCCCCACCACUCUCCUCAGCCUCCCUCUCAAUCUAUCACCAUGUUCCCCAUACACAUGCAUGUGCUCACCAUGGAAAUGCCCCCCUGCCUAACACAGCCCAGCCAGCCAUCAGCCCACGUGGCUCAGAGGCCUACAUUUCACCUCAUUUCUUUCUGGAUAGAGAAUUUCUUUCUCACUCAAGAAUCUGCUUUGCCUUGCUUUGAUCCUUUAUCCACAAGUCAUAGCUGUUUUUUAUUUGCUAAGCCCAAGGAUGUUCAAAUUGAUUAUGCGAUUCUUUUGAUCAGCAAAAUGUCAGAGGUGGCAUAUAAAAGACAAAUAGUGCUUUUCAUCCUUUCUCCCUAAUCCAGAUUACACUAAAUCUGAUGUGAUGAAUCCAUGGUACAUGAGUCAUGACCCACCAGGAGAUCCGACAGGCCCUGAGGGCCAGCAGCUGAGUUAAGCCCAGCUUUUGUCAGUCUGAUCUGAGUUUUUAACAUUGGUGCUGACCUAAAUCACAGUUAGACUGCAACAGCGCAACUCAUCUUUUGUCAUUACAGCAAUUCAGAGAGCUUGGUAGAAGAGAGUUUAAAAAAAUAACAUCUUUUCUACCAUGAUAUAUUAUUUAAGGCUCUGAAAGUUGUUCAAAUGCUCCGCAAUCAUGUAUUUUAAAUACUUGAAAUGUGUCAAGCAGAACCAGUGUAUGAUCUUUGACACUUAGCAAAUCGACAGUUACUUUCUAUUAUACAGUAUGUGCUUUGUUAUAUUAAGUGCAGUUUGUUAUAAAGAAAACAAUAUCGACAACUUUUUAGGCUUUCACAAAUUGUAUUAUUGUAAAUGUAGUUGUGUGUACAUACUCUAGAAGAUCUAUGAUCCUAUUAUGCUGUGUGGUUUAUACGUUAUGUAAAUUCAUCCAUGAAUAUUAAUUGGAAAGCAAAAUGAAUGGUAUUUCAACUUUGAAUUAAAGAUGCAUAAGUUGGAAACCUUGCAUAGCACAAGGCUGUGUUUAAAGUGCACACAAUGUUUCUGCUCAUGUGUUAUGGUGUCAUGCUGUGUCCGUAAAUCGCAGAGCACCUGGUUGCAUAUACUGUGCUAUACUAAUGAAGGGUAUCGGUUGGAAGAUUUUCUGUAUGCAUGGGUGCUUUCACCAAAUCCAGAUGUAUUCAGACAAGUAUGUAAAUAAAUAAAUUUGACUGAUAUGUA